AUGAAGCUAGUCAACAAGCAGAUCGAAAAGGAUGGAUCGGGAUGGGUCGAGCUCAUCCCCGAAGACGAAGAGGACAUGUGGCACGUCUACAACCUCAUCUCUGAAGGCGACCAGGUCCGCGCAAAGACGGACCGCAAAGUCCACAGCACGAGCAACACGGGCACGACGACGUCGUACCGCGUCCAAUUGGCGCUGACUAUCCUCGUCAAGCGGACAAUGUUCUCGGCUGCCGCAAGCACCGAAACCACCGGCGACCAGUCGACCCACCGUGCCGUCAUGGGUAUUACCGGACAGGUCACCGAGGCCAACGACUAUGUCCGCAUUGGGGCGUAUCAUACCCUCGAACUUGAGAGGGGGAGAAAGUUCCGCCUGACCAAGGCUACGGGGUGGGAUAGUAUAGCGUUGGAACGGAUUAGCGAGAGUACCCGUCCAGGACGGGGGGCAGAGAUUGGAGCCGUUGUUUGUGGAGAGGGGACCGCGGCGAUUUGUCUCUUGUCGGAGCAUAUGACUGUUGUGCGGCAGCGGAUUGAUGUGCCAGUGCCCAGGAAGCGGAGUGGGACUAGCAGCCACGACAAGGCCAUGGCCAGCUUCCUCAGCACGGUAUACGCCUCCAUCCUCCGCCUGAUCCCCUUCGACACGCUCAAGGUCGUCGUCAUCGCCUCGCCCGGCUUCACAAAGGACACGCUGUACGACUACAUUUUCCAGCAGGCAACCGAGACGAACAACAAGCCCCUCCUUGGCGCGCGCUCAAAGUUCCUCCGCGUCCACUCGAACACGCCACAUGUCCAUUCCCUUGUUGAGGCGUUACGCGACCCCGGCGUGGCCAAGAUGCUCCAGGGAGCAAAGUUUGCCAAAGAGGGUCUGGCGCUUGACAAGUUUCACAAGAUGCUCUCGACGGACGAGCUGCGGGCGUGGUAUGGGCCCAAGCACGUCGCGCUUGCCGUCGACCGCGGGGCUGUUGGCACUCUGCUUAUUUCGGAUGAUCUUUUCCGCGCAGCCGAUCCAGAGAAGCGCAACCGAUAUGUCCAGAUGGUUGAUGAGGUGCGCGCACGCGGUGGCGAGGCUGUCAUCUUCUCGUCGAUGCACGAGACAGGCAUACAGCUCAACCUUCUCACUGGCAUUGCUGCCAUUCUCACCUACCCCCUUGACAUUGAGGUCGUCGAGAUGGAGGAACGCGAGGAGGCCGAGCGCCUCGAACGUGAAGCGGCCGAGGCUGCAUCGGGGGGCACCACGCCUGCUGCGAGCGGAUCGACGACGCCGUUCAGGUCGGACGGCAUCUAG